AGGGUCCAGGCUGACGGAAGUGACGUAUUCGAGCGGCAGCCUCUUCCGCUCUCUUUUCGUUGAGGCUCAGCUAGCGGCCGGCCUGACUGUUAUCGUGUGGUGAAGGAGUUAACGGAGCUAACGUCGGGUUUCUGUCUCUCAGCCUGCAAACAUGCAGAUCUUCGUGAAGACGUUGACGGGGAAGACCAUCACCCUCGAGGUUGAGCCCAGCGACACUAUCGAAAAUGUCAAAGCAAAGAUCCAGGACAAGGAAGGAAUUCCCCCUGAUCAGCAGCGUCUGAUCUUCGCUGGCAAACAGCUUGAGGAUGGACGCACACUGUCUGACUACAACAUCCAGAAAGAAUCCACUCUUCAUCUGGUUCUGCGUCUGCGUGGUGGCAUCAUCGAGCCUUCCCUCAGACAGCUGGCCCAGAAAUACAACUGCGACAAGAUGAUCUGCCGCAAGUGCUAUGCCCGUCUGCACCCCCGUGCUGUCAACUGCCGCAAGAAGAAGUGUGGACACACCAACAACCUUCGCCCCAAGAAGAAGCUGAAGUAGACAUUUUGACUUAAUCGGCUCUCAAAGCCAUUUUGUGUUAAAAUAAAUGUGAGAAAAUGA